GGCGGUGAUAGGUGGAGCGGUGGCUACUUGUUGCUCUCGGGUCGCUGCGGGCCCGCCCCGGGGACACCUGCUGCUGCUCCGAAGCCCUGCAGCCGGCGCGCUCCAGGCCCGUCUCCCGGGGUCGCCUUCGCCUCCUCCUGGCCGCUCCCAACUUCUUCCGCGCGGUUUGAGCGGCUCCGAGGAGGAAGAUGGACAACGGGGUAGGGAGCGAGUCGCAGCACUUGCCCCGGCUGUGCUGCCCGGAGAAGGGGCCGAACGGCUACGGCUUCCACCUGCACGGGGAGAAGGGCAAGGUGGGCCAGUUCAUCCGCCUGGUGGAGCCCGAUUCCCCGGCGGAGAAGUCCGGGUUGCGGGCCGGCGACCGCUUGGUGGAGGUGAACGGCGAGAACGUGGAGAAGGAGAGUCACCAGCAAGUGGUGACUCGCAUCCGGAACUCGCCGGGCUCGGUGCGCUUGCUGGUGGUGGACGCCGCGGCGGAGGAGCGGCUGCAGAAAGCGAGCCUGGAGUGCCGCGAAGAACCGGCCCACGCGCUGCCCGCGGAGAAGGCGGAGGGGAUGAGCGGCGAGCGGGAGCCGCUGGAGGCUGCCUCGCAGCAGCAGCAGGAGCCGGAGCAGAGGAGCGAGGAGGGAAAGGACCCCGCUGCCCAGCGAGAUGAACUGAGACCUCGCCUCUGCAAGAUGAAGAAGGGCCCCAACGGGUACGGGUUCAACCUCCAUAGUGACAAGACCAAACCAGGCCAGUAUGUCCGGGUGGUAGACCCAGACUCACCAGCCGAAUCUUCAGGAUUGCGCCCACAAGACCGUAUUAUUGAGGUGAAUGGGACGUCCAUGGAAGGCAAGCAGCAUUCUGACGUGGUUUCGGCCAUAAGAGCUGGCGGAGAUGAGACCAAGCUGUUGGUGGUGGAUAGCUUAACAGAUGAAUUUUUUAAAAAGUGCAAAGUCCUUCCGUCGGAACAACAUCUGACAGGACCCUUGCCAGAACCAGUUGCCAAUGGUGAUGUAGAAAAGGAGGACAGCAAAGAAGAGCAGCCAGAGCCAGUCUAUGAAAAUACUGCUAGCCCCGAACAUUUGCCUGCUUCCCCUACUGUGAAUGAAAUUCAACACGAGCUCAACUCUCAGGAGAAUGUAGAGAAACGCAGCUCUAUAUCUGACCCUGUUCUUGAUUUGGACAUCCCCCUGGCGGUGGCUAAGGAACGGGCCCACCAGAAGCGCACCAGCAAAAGGGCACCUCAGAUGGACUGGAGCAAGAAAAACGAACUGUUCAGUAACCUCUGAAAUGUCUCAUCCCCAAGCAGGGAGAAGUGGGAGCAGCACCACGAAGUCUCUCCUGAUCUUCCUUGACUUCAUCAUCAGCCUCCAGUUUCUUGGGAGAGGUUCUUCCCCCUCCUCCUUCCCCCCCUUUCCCUCUCUUAGCUUGGGGAUGCACGAUCUGUUUUAUCCUGUGUAAUCUGAAGGAAAACAAAUGGCAUGAUGACCGCGCCUGUACGAUUCUGGAGAAGCAAAUAUAUUUUAAAAGAAUGAGACAUUUUUAUACACUGUCUAUAAAUAGUGGGUUUCAUGUGAAUAUGUGGAAAGGGGUUGAUUGAUCUAUGAAUCUGAAACCAAUAUGGAGCCCGUAGUGAUGGCCCAUACAGUGUGGUUGUCCAUAUCACUGCAUUGAAGACAAACAGGCUGAUAUUUUUACCUCGAACGCAACAAUUUUUUUUAAAUGAAAACUUGCGUUCAGGCCAAGGUUUGAAGGUAUCAAACUUAAGACACCUGAAGUGAUACUAAUGUGCUUAGCACUCUUUAAAGAGCAUCACUUUCAAGAAUAUAUAAAGUCGGACACCUAAAAUGAUUAGUUAUGUGAGUUGUUGCUCUUAGCUGACUUUUGACAGAAAAAUCCGAUUGGAUGCUGAUAGGAAUACAACUGAUUCCUUGGGGGAGACUAUAGCAGUAGGAUAGCAUGAAGACUUUAAAAAGAUAAUUUGAUUCCCUAAUCUCAUUUUUGAGAGCCAAUAAAUUUCCUUUUCUGUGAGGAGGCAUCUUCCUCUGACUAGAAAUUCCAUCCCUAACACUCCAAUCCUUUUAUGACUUUUCUGGAUAAUCAUUCAUUAGAAGAGAUUACGAGCAAUAGUAAGGUACUCACUUGUUCAUGGGACAACAGGACUUGCUGUGUAGCCUCACUUGGGCUUCAAAUAUUUCUGGCACACUCAAGAUCUGAGGUGGAAAGGAAGCUUCAGAAAUGGUCUUGGCUGUAGGCAAGGGGGGUGUUCUUGUAGUUGCUAAAAAAGCAGUCUUCAGGCCUAACAUGGCAACUGAAAACAGCCAAGUGUUUUACCACAGAGUUGGAGCUCAUCAAGGUUUUCAGUAACAAUGCUUAAUUAACAGUUUAUAUAUAAACUGUUUCACUUUCUGAAAUGACAUGUUUUCUAAUUGCAGUCCCCCUUCUCUCUCCCUUUUGUCUGCAUAUGUUGUGGAAAUUAUUCUUCCUGGAUGAAUGUUUUAUUUCCCUGAUUUAAUGUUUGUACUGUCAAAUGCGAGAAGAAAAAAAAUCUGUUUACUGGAAAGAAAAAGUCACCUUGAUUCUCU